AUGGUGGAGGUUGUGACCAAACCCAAAGAGGAGCCUGCCAUUGAGGAGCUCAAGGAAACCAGAGCUCAUAAGGAGACUGAUAAUGUCACCUUGCACGCCCCAUUACUAGGAGAGGAACCUGAAGAAUACUCUUCUUCAGACAAGGAAGAAGAGUUCAAGGAAGAGCAAAUUGCUCAGUACUUGGCAAUCCUCAGGAAGUUGAAAGCCAAUUCUUCUCAUAUAGAGGCAUUGGAGGAGGAAGAUGAGCCUGUGAUACUGGCCCGGGAGUGCAACGCCUUGGUCCAGAAGAAGCUCCCUCAGAAGUUACCGGAUCGCGAAAGCUUCCUGAUUCCCUGCACUAUAGGAACCUUCACAUUUGAGAAGGCACUGUGUGACCUUGGCUCAAGCAUCAAUCUGAUGCUUCUAUCUGUAAUGAAGAGGUUAGAAAUUUUAGAGGUGCGGCAUGCCAAGAUCUCAUUGGAGAUGGCAGACUAG